AUGUGGGUCCUGGGCAGGAGCAGCCGCCAGUCACCACCGGGCAAGGCCAGGUGGGGGCCAGCCACCACCCUCCAGCCUGGCCCACUGCUUCCUCUCUCCUCCCACAUCAGCAGCCCCGGGGGGGCAUCUCCUCAGGGCUUGCGGGCCAGCAUCCUGAGCCCCGUCCCGAGGGCCGCCAGGGAGGUGGGGGCGCCGCCUGGGACCCAGGAGGGGACAGAGCCUGUGGUCCGAACGACCGGGGCCCGGGGAGGGCUCCGGCCGAGGAGCCCCGAGCUCCGAGCGGCGCCUCGGACACGCCCCAGGGGCGGAGGAGGGCAGCAUCUGCGAGACGAACCCCCCACCGUCCGAGCGGCGCCAGGUCACACUCCAGACAGGCCUGGGAAGAGAAAAGAUCCGCCCGCCCCGCGGCGGACCGCGGGGACCAGGGCGCAGGCGCGGCCCGGGGCGGAAGCGGAAGCGGAAGCGGCAGGGCGGAGCCAGCCGCAGCAGAGCUUCCGCUGGGCUCGGCUCCGCCCCCUCGGGGGCUCCCCGAACGACUGUGGGCUCCACCCCUAUUCUUUGACGGCCCCCACGCGCGAGGGCGCGCCCUCAGCCUCCCGUCCCCCGCCCCGCAGCGCACCCCAUCCCAAGCUCUUGGUGUACCCGACGUCUGCCCGCCUCUGCUCCCGCAGCGAGCCCCACCUCUCCGCCUCCGUCACUCCUUGCGUACCUCACCGCGUGCCCCACCCCAAACCCCCAGAGUCCCCAGAGGUCGGCUGUCGGCUGGGGCACAUACCCCACCCCACACUGGGCUGGAGCCAAGGGAGCCCGGGAGGUGCAGACAAGCAGGCCGAGGGGCUGGACAUGGACAGCCGGAAGCAUUUGGCUAACGCCUCGCUGGGGAAGAAGUCGGGGCUGCCGCUGCGCCAAGAGCUCGGGCAGCCCCCUCCCCCUGUGAGUGCGACCACGGCUUGGGGCCAGCCCGGUGCCCAGAGCGGAGGGCGACAGGUACUGCAGACUCAGGACUGGGUGUGCCAGCCGGCCGAGAGCGGGCGCCCGAGCCACCGCUGGAGCGUCAGCAUCGACGAGCGCCGGCGACUGGCCGUGCAGGGCGGCCGGGAGAGGCCGGGGACCGCCGGGCCCCCCUCCCACUCCAGGGACCUCUCGCGGCUCGUGGCCCAGCUGGUGUCCGAGGACGUGGACAAGGACGUGCUCCUCCCCCACGCUCCGAGGCCCUCCGAGGCCGCCAACGCCUUCCAAGCCUUCCUGGCCCCGAGCGCGCCCUUCUGGCAGACCGUGACUUUGGAGGCGCAGGUUUACAGAGGUUUUCCUGAGGCCCUUAGACCCACACCAGAGCUGGCCGGGGACCCUUCCUGUCUUGGGUGACACCAUCUUUCCCUCAGGGCUGGGUCUUCCCGCUCUGAGUGUCACUGCAGAAGUGAGGGUCAACCUGGCUUUCUGUCCACGUCUGCUGUGUCUGCGAUCUGUGCGUCCCGAUAAACAGUUCUACUGACCCCUGACAGCCGGGUUCAGGUGCGGUAGGCCUCAGUGCAGAUCCUGCCAAGCACGGCCUGCAGGCCCCUUGUCACUCCCGGACACCGAUCUCUGCGCCCCCUCCGAGCCCUCUGCCACUGGAGCCUCUGCAUCUUCUUAGCCCCCACCGGGUGCCACCGCCAGGGGUCCCCCGAAGAAAGGUCACUCCGAGCCCUCCAGUGGCGAAGCCCGCGCCCCGUGGGCCCUGAGGGGUGCCGCACCUGCGCAGGGCUGAGGGUCCCUCCUUCCCAACGUCCUGACCUCUCUCAACAAUUGUCCCCCCACCCUCUUCAGGACACGUGACCUCAUCGUGUAUUAUCAUCCCUGCCUUCCUCCCCACUGGGCUGCGUGCUCCCCGAGGGCAGAGAUCGUGUCUCCUUACCCCCUGCCCCCCCGCCCGUCUAAACUGUGGCACCAAGCAGACGUUCCCCAAGUAACGGUCGAACAGAUUCUUGUUUCCGUUGCUUUGUCUUGCCCGCAGAUGGUCUCCAGCCUCUGCCCCAUCGGUAAUCUGACGUCGUGCCCCGUGCUGCUUCAGACUUAUUCCAGAAUGCUGUGAUUGUGAGGAAGCGAGUUUCCUCGGCUGUUAAUCUUGCUUCCAGUCUGCUGUUUUGUCAUCCACUACUCGGGCUUCUGAUUAGUGAUCGCACGUUCCUCUUGUGUUCGUUCGUGACUGGUGGCACUCCUGGGGAGUCGUCUUCUGCUUCAGGAGCAUUCUCUACGGGGUUUGCGCUGGCCCCUCGCCUCCUCCCUCCCUCUUCCAGCUUCUCUGUUGUUGGACGUGUGGACUUUGCCGCACAGAACAUCCCUGUGAAUGUCUGUUUGCACUGCUAACUAAUGGAUGAAUUCAUAGAAUUUCUGCAA